AUGUUGCGAGGGUUGUUUCGAGACGGCUUCAUCUUUAAAGUAGCCCCACGAACUAUCGUUAACCAUUGCCUCAUGUGUUAUGCAUCUUUGCACACGAAGGCGCCUGGCGAUCUGAGUUCCGAAUUAUCAGUUUCGACUCACUGUGAUAAUGCUUACCUCAUGCGGAAAUAUAAAAGAAGGUUGCUGAUGAUUUUGGCCUCCAUUGACACCGAUGAGCCUCUGUCCCAAGUGGAGAUUACAAAUUUAGCUGCGUCACCGGACGGUCGUAUUCUCACAGUGUUUUGGACAGUUGGCGCACACCCUUACAAUGAGGCGGCGAAUCGGAAGGUCGACUUUAUUUUGCAAAAUGCCAGCAAGAAAAUUAGGCAGCGACUAUCUCGUGAAAAUGCCUUUCGCAAAGUCCCUACUCUCAACUUUAUACAUGCACCCACGAAUUUCUCGGCAGAUCCACCUAAAGAGCAAGUCGAUGCUGAUUCCUGUCACAUUGUAAAACCGAAUAACGUUUAUGGUCUGCCAUGGGACAAAUACAUGGACGAAGUAAAACGGAAACGUGUGGGUGACGUUGUAAUGGUUGAUACUGAAAAUGGAAGUGCAGAUUGUCUUCGAGAUAAAGGUUUAUUCUCCUCUCGGUCGGCAAAUUGGGCUAAAAUGUGGCAAAAGCAGCAUGAUAGCAAGCUGAUCGCGAAACGGGAACGUAGGAGGUCUCAGCAAAUGCUUGGUAUGUGGCAACUCAUCAAAGAAAUGGAGGAGCUUGAUUAA